GGCGCCGGGCGCCCGCCCCUCCAGACUGCGGACGCUCGCUGCUCGCGCUCGGGCUCGUGAUGGGGAAGAAGUCCCGGGCGGUACCCGGCCGCAGGCCUAUCCUGCAGCUCUCCCCACCGGGUCCUCGCAGCAGCACCCCGGGCCGGGAUCCCGACCCCGAUCCGGAUCCCGAGGCCGAUUCGACGGCGGCGGCGGCGGCGACUAGCCAGCCAGCCCCGGCAGCUGCGACGGCGGCGGCCGCGACGUCUCCCGCGGUGCCUGCCACCGCUGCCCCGGAGGACUCGCCUUCGGAAGAUGAACAGGAAGUGGUGGUGGAGGCUCCCAAAGUUGUUCAGAAUCCUCCCAAACCAGCCAUGACCACCAGACCCACAGCUGUUAAGGCAACAGGAGGUCUGUGUUUACUUGGUGCUUACGCUGACAGUGAUGAUGAUGAGAGUGAUGUGUCCGAAAAAACAGCACAAUCCAAAGAGCCAAAUGGAAACCAGUCAACUGACAUUGAUAGUACACUGGCCAACUUCCUAGCGGAGAUUGACGCUAUAACAGCACCUCAGCCCGCAGCUCCUGUGGUCGCUUCUGCUCCACCUCCAACUCCACCUCGACCAGAACCAAAGGAAGCAGCAACACCUGCCCUUUCUUCCACCUCAGCAAAUGGAACAGACUCAGCCCAGACACCAGGGUGGCAUUAUGACACUCAGUGUUCACUGGCAGGAGUUGAAAUUGAGAUGGGGGAUUGGCAAGAAGUCUGGGAUGAGAACACAGGUUGCUAUUAUUAUUGGAACACACAAACAAAUGAAGUGACUUGGGAGUUACCCCAAUAUCUUGCCACACAGAUGCAGGGAUUACAACAUUACCAGCCCAGUUCUGUAACAGGCACUGAAGCUGGGUUUGUGGUAAAUACAGAAAUAUACACAAAGGAGAAAACAGUUCCUGUUUCCAGUAAUAAAAGUGGACCGGGGAUUGCCAAGCGAGAAGUUAAAAAGGAAGUGAAUGAAGGAGUCCAAGCUCUUUCCAACAGCGAGGAGGAGAGGAAAGGGGUGGCAGCCGCAUUGCUCGCUCCCUUACUGCCUGAAGGGGUAAAAGAAGAGGAAGAAAGAUGGAGAAGAAAAGUAAUUUGUAAAGAAGCAGAUCCAGUGUCAGAGAUUAAGGAAACAAGCACAGCAGCAGAGGAAACGGGGCUGCCCAUAAAGCCCCCGGAGGUUACGAUGGACAGCAUAGACGACCCUUCUCAGGAGGAUCUGUGCAGCGUUGUUCAGUCUGGAGAAAGCGAGGAGGAGGAAGAGGAACAAGACACCCUUGAGCUGGAGCUGGCUCUGGAAAGGAAAAAAGCAGAGUUACGAGCCUUGGAGGAAGGCGAUGGUAGCGUGUCAGGGUCUAGCCCACGUUCUGACAUCAGCCAGCCAGCAUCCCAGGAUGGAGUGCGUAGGAUUAUGUCUAAAAGAGGAAAAUGGAAGAUGUUUGUUCGAGCCACCAGUCCAGAAUCCACCAGCCGGAGUUCUAGUAAAACUGGACGAGAGACUCCCGAAAAUGGAGAAACUGUAAUUGGUGCUGAAAAUCCUGAAAAAAUAGAUGAAAAUUCAGACAAAGAGGCAGAAGUAGAAGAACCUUCUGAGAGGACAAAAGUCCAAAUAACAGCUAAAGUAGAAGAAGAGCAGGAUCUGAAAUUUCAAAUCGGAGAACUGGCAAAUACCCUGACAAGUAAAUUUGAAUUCCUAGGGAUUAACAGACAGUCCAUCUCCAACUUUCAUAUGCUGCUCUUACAGACUGAGACUCGAAUUGCAGACUGGCGAGAAGGGGCUCUUAAUGGAAAUUACCUAAAACGAAAACUGCAGGAUGCCGCAGAACAGCUAAAACAGUAUGAAAUAAACGCCACUCCUAAAGGCUGGUCCUGCCACUGGGACAGGGAUCAUAGACGAUAUUUCUAUGUAAACGAACAGUCGGGCGAGUCUCAGUGGGAAUUCCCAGAUGGUGAGGAGGAGGAAGAAGGCCAAGCACAGGAAGCUAGAAAUGAGGGUCUUCCUAAGCCGACCGCGAAAGACAAAACCUGCACUGAUGCAAACGCUACAGAACCCUCUGAGAAUUCCACAGGUUCUCUUUGUAAAGAAGCAUUGUCUGGUCAAGGUUCUUCAUCGCUCAUGCCACUGACUCCAUUCUGGACCCUCCUCCAGUCAAACGUGCCUGUGCUUCAACCUCCGUUACCUCUGGAAAUGCCACCACCCCCGCCGCCACCCCCAGAGUCUCCCCCCCCUCCACCUCCACCUCCGCCUCCCCCUCCUCCUUUAGAAGAUGGUGAGAUUCAGGAGGUAGAAAUGGAGGAUGAGGGAAGCGAGGAGCCCCCUGCCCCAGGAACAGAGGAGGAUGCUCCUUUGAAACCUUCAACACAGACCACAGUUGUAAGCUGCCAGGUAAUGCUGAUGUUUGUGUUUCAGAAUUCUGUUGAUUCUACCGCCUCUAGUCCUCCAUCCACUAAAGCAGUGAAGAGAAAGGCUGCGGAAAUACUUAGCACCGCAGUGGUUCAGCGACCAGCGACUAUUGGUAGUUCUCCAGUUCUCUACAGCCAGGCAGCCGCAGCCGCAGGUCACCAAGCAAUGGGGACUGCACCCCAGGCUGUCGGGAUGGCACACCAAGCAGUAUCAGUUAGCCAUGCAGCAGCAGGAAUGGGUCAUCAGGCCAGAGGGAUGAGUCUGCAGUCAAAUUACCUUGGACUAGCAGCAGCACCUGCAAUUAUGAGUUAUGCUGAAUGUUCUGUCCCAAUUGGAGUCACUACUCCAUCACUGCAGCCAGCUCAGGCUCGAGGGACUCUGUCAGCGCCUGCUGUUGUAGAACCUCCACCACCUCCACCGCCUCCACCCACACCUACACCACCCCCGCCACCACCAGCUCCCAAAGUGCCACCACCGGAGAAGAUGAGAAAAGGAAAGAAAGAUAAGGCAAAGAAAAGUAAAACCAAAAUGCCAUCUUUGGUAAAGAAAUGGCAGAGUAUCCAGCGGGAGUUAGAUGAAGAAGAUAAUUCCAGUUCCAGUGAAGAGGACCGGGAAUCAACUGCACAGAAGCGAAUUGAGGAGUGGAAACAGCAGCAGCUGGUCAGUGGCAUGGCAGAAAGAAACGCUAACUUUGAGGCCCUUCCUGAGGAUUGGCGAGCAAGACUGAAGAGAAGGAAAAUGGCUCCCAACACAUAGUCUUAAGUUAAUUUUUUUGUUUUGUUUUGUUUUGUUUUAUGUUCAGAGUCUUAACCAGUUCUAAACUGUUGUCAGAUGAACUGUAAAUGUUAAAAGAAAGAACGUAUACAUUUCCUGGGCAAGAACACAUGCAUACAAACUUGUCCGUUUAUGACGUGUAGUUUUUAUGUUUGCUGAGGAUGAGGUGAUUGGAAUUGCUUUCACCUGGCUGUCUUUCUUCUCACACUGGCAAACUUAGCAUGUUAGAUAUGAGUCAGACGUGUGGGUCAUGGGACAUGAUACCUGUACAGGACUUGCUGGCAAAGUGAAGGGCUUUCCUGCCUAGUAGAGGCUUGUUUAGAUCCUAGUGUGGCACUCUCCCUACCUUCUACUCCAGAACAAGUGCAAUUAAGAAGGCAGCUCUCUCUAUCUAUCCUACCUUGCUUGACCAUCAGGAUCUCUUUCUGACCUCAAGACUGCUGCCCCUGACGUGUUGAGAUCUGUGCUAGAAAUACUAGAA